ACUUGACUCGCUGUGAUAUGCAGGGACUGCCGUCUGUCAUCUGUGCGUCAGUUAUAUAUUACACACCGGACGCUUUGCGAUCAGAUAUUGGCUUUCACUGUGGUUAAACUGGCAUUGUUUAUAGUGCGCAUCUUUCCAGCUGUAACCGCGCGCCUGUGAUCAGUACGUUGGCCGUGUGUUGAAUAUAUCUUCUGCACUGGCUGUGACACACCCGAGGAGGACGGAGGCGCUGAAGCGGAUCUCUCCCGGUUCAGCGGAAAGACUCCCGCUCGCCUUAUUAAUAUUAAUGCAAUAACGUCACCGUUCGCUUCAGGAAGCGACAAGCUGUUACGCGUUGCAUCCAUAAGCUUAGUCACGUCGAGGUGCGUUCAGGAUUGUGUAAUUGAGCAAUGGCGUCGCUGGGACACACAUGAGAUCAGCUUAGGAUCUGUUUGUUGCUGCGGCGCCCGAAAACUCCCACCAGACUGUAACCUGCAAUAGUUGAGAAAUGGCCAUCCGGCGGACCAGCACGAGAACAGGCUAAAGCUACAGGUGUCAUCGACCGCAUGUGGAAGCACACAACUCUUGUAUAACUCCAGACAGCAGAAGUGCAGAGAGGAUGUUGUGGUCUGAUACCAUGAGGAGAGUUGUCAGACAGUGGUAUUGUCAACCCAGCAGAAGGCUGCUUAUUGCUCUUCUGAGCUUGGCGUUGAUCUUGCUGGCUCUUUUGAAGCUGCCUCUCUUUCACACGGACCCAAAGCCUGUGGAGGUGCCAGUAGACCCCGUCUACCGAGAGCGUGUCCAUUCCUAUGUCCGAGAGAUACUGGCCCAAGAAUGCAGACCUUCUUUUGCCCGGCAGAGAAUGGAAGCUGAACAUUACAGCUCCACACCAGUGCUAGAGCCCUUUUUGGACAAGAACACUCAUUUGAAUGAACAAAUAUUCCAAUAUUCUCCACCGUUUGGUUUCCUGGAUAUGAAGAACAAGCUUCAGGAGAUCCUGGACCUCCUACCAGCCUCCUCUGAGGAGAGACGUGGAGGGAGGGACUGUCGUCGAUGUCUAGUGAUUGGAAAUGGAGGGAUACUGAAAGGAUUAGGGCUCGGACCUCUUCUUAAUCAGUUCGAUACCAUCAUCAGAUUGAACAGCGGUCCUGUGCGAGGUUUCAGUGCAGACGUUGGGAAUUGCACCUCCAUCAGGAUGAGUUAUCCUGAGGGCUCCCCGAAGGUCUGGGAAGACACCGAUUCGGAUCUCAGAUUUGUGGCUGUGAUCUAUAAGUCUGUCGACUUCCACUGGCUUCGUGCAAUGAUUACCAAGACGUCCGUUUCGCUGUGGAACUGGCUGUUUUUCUGGCAGAAUGUGCCGGUGAGUGUCCCGCUUAAGGCCUCUCAGUUUCGUCUGCUGAAUCCAGAGAUUAUUAGAGAGACGGCCUUGGAUCUGCUUCACUAUCCCAAUGUUAGAGAACGGCUGUGGGGCUGGGACCAGAAUGUCCCUACUUUAGGAGUGUCUGCGCUCAAUCUGGCAACAUACCUGUGUGAUGAGGUGAGCUUAGCAGGCUUUGGCUAUAACCUCAGCCAGAAAGAUGCUCCUCUCCAUUACUACGACCACAGACUCAUGACAUCCAUGCUAAAGGAAGCCAUGCAUAACGUGCAGACCGAGACGACUUUCCUCAAGCGUCUGGUAUCAUCAGGCAGUAUUACUGACCUCACGGGAGGAAUCCACUGCAACUUCUGUUCAAGAUGACUGUCUUCUGUUGAGGCACAGACUCUCUCAGUGGCACGUGUGAGGAAGAGUUCACAAAAGUGAGGGAAUAACUUAAAAACAAUCAUUGAAACACUGCUAAUGAACUGCUGAGUAUUUUACCGUUUACAGCUGUGAUACUGAUGCUCUGAAUGUUCUAUUUUAUAUCAAAACUAAUAUCAUAAAAAGAUUAAGGUUUUAGAUUAAACUUUUAAUUUUCAUUUUUAGUGUC